GUGACACUGCAUCACUAAAUUCUCGCCGGCCGGGGAGCCAGAGAGGGAGGGAGAGAGAGAGAUGGCGUACUCGUCGGCCUUAUCAUCUGCAAUCCGUUUCCACACCAGCUCUAGCCCAAACCCGAAUCCUACCCCUAGAUUAUCUCCGAGACUCAUUAAACCUAACCGCAAAACCCUCCCCUUACCGGCCGCCAUUCCACCACUCUCCACGGCCACCGACGUCUCCGCCACAUUCGACGGCGCAACACUGGCGGUCCUCGGCGGUGGCUCGGUCGCGGCCCUGGCCGCCGUUCUGUCCUUGGCCGACCCGGAGAAGCGCCGGCAGCUGCAGGCGGAGGAGGUCGGCGGCAGCGACAAGGAGGUUGUGAAGGAGUACUUCAAUAACUCCGGCUACCAGAGGUGGAAGAAGAUAUAUGGCGAUACCGAUGACGUCAACAAAGUGCAGCUGGACAUACGGAUUGGACACGCGAAGACUGUGGAAAAUGCCAUCUUGAUGUUGACAGACGAAGGCCCGCUCCAGGGCGUGACUGUCUGUGACGCCGGCUGUGGCACCGGCAGCCUAUCCAUUCCGCUGGCCAAGAAAGGGGCUAUUGUGUCGGCUAGUGACAUAUCGGCUGCCAUGGUCGCCGAAGCCGAGAAACAGGCAAGAGAAGAGUUGUUAACAGGGAAAGAUGAGAACUCACCUGCACCACUAAUGCCAAAGUUUGAGGUGAAAGACUUAGAGAGCCUAGACGGGAAAUAUAACACAGUGGUUUGCCUGGAUGUCUUAAUCCAUUACCCACAAAGUAAAGCUGAUGCAAUGAUUGCUCAUCUUGCUUCAUUGGCUGAGAGGCGGUUAAUUCUGAGCUUUGCCCCAAAGACAUUUUACUACGAUUUGUUGAAGAGAGUGGGAGAAUUGUUCCCAGGGCCCUCAAAGGCAACAAGGGCAUAUCUACAUGCAGAAGGAGAUGUAGAGAGGGCAUUGCACAAGGUUGGAUGGAGGAUAAGAAAGAGAGGCCUCAUCACAACACAGUUUUAUUUUUCAAGGUUAAUUGAGGCUGUGCCUGCUUAACCUGGAAGGCUGAAUGAAGAGAUAGAGUCCCACUUGGAUUCGAGCUGGUAUGAUGCAUAAACUGAAGUGGAUCUCCGGCACUUCAGACCUCGGCUCUCUGCCAUCUGCUUGCCUUCUAUGAGGAUAAGUGUUUCUUGUCUCGACCAUCGAGGGUGCCUCAGCAUUCUGUUUUUAUCAUCGGUACUCCCUUCUCCGGGUGCUUGCUGCCCUUCAACGCCAUUAGUCGAAGAAGCAUUGUUUUCGUGCUGUUCUGCCACCAUUAGAUAAACUUUUCUAGCAGAUGGCUUGACGAUUUGCGAACUACUGGUAUUCCCUAUUUAUGUGUUGUAUGCAUGAUUGGACCAUUCCAUCAAUUGCAUAAUAGGGAAGCAUAAUAGCCGAUCCUUUCCGGGGUCAAUAUGGCCUUAUAUUGUUAAGGACUAACUUAUGUACCAUAUCAGUUAUUCUCUCUUCUUUUGCUGAGUAAACUUCAUAGUUAUUGCCUA